AUGAAGCUUCAUUUGGCUUUCUGCCUAGUCUUUGUACUGGCAACAGCUGAGGCUGUCGGUGCAUCCAGCUGGUUCAGCAAGGCUGUAUACAACAAAUGGCACGAAACUGAGUUGGAAAGAUGGCUUGCUGACCAUGACAUUCCUUACCCCUCGCCUGCCGAUCGUAAAGAUCUUGAGAGCUUGGUGAAGACAAACUGGGAUGCUAAGGUUCAGAAGCCUCUGGGACAUGCUGUGGAACAAUCUCCGGACCACUGGCACAAUGCUAAGGAAUGGCUCUUUGACACAUGGUCGGACUCCCAGCUCAAGGCCUUCCUUGAUCGUCAUGGCAUUCCCGCUCCUCAGCCACGCAAGCGUGACACUCUUCUCAAGGCUGUCCGCGAGAACUACGAAACCAUUGCCCAGAAGCUUGGCGAGGCCGUUUCUUACCCUGGUAACUGGGUGUAUGCUCAGUGGUCUGAGUCUGAUUUGAAGGAGUGGCUCGAUGAGCGUGGCUGGCCUGUUCCUCAGCCCUCCACUCGCGACAAGCUCAUCGCCACCGUUCGCCGUAACGCCCGACUAGCUGGACUGCAGGCUAAGGCCAUUGCUGCUUCCGCCUCUGCUUCCGCUGAUAAGGCCCAGGCUACUUUGAGUGAAGCUUUGUUCAGCGCUUGGUCCGACUCCGACUUGAAGAAGUUCCUUGAUGAGCACGGUGUGAAGGUCCCUCAGGGCUCCAAGCGCAACGAGCUUGUAGCUCUGGCGAGGAAGCACCGUGCCUCUCUGGUCAGCCAGGCUUCGACUGCUGCUGCUACCGCUUCUGCAAGCCUCUCCUCCACUGCUAGUGAAUUUAUCGGCGCCGCCACCACCAAGGCCGGCAACGAGUACGCCCGCGCCACUGACGCUGCUCAGUACAAGGGCCAGGAGGCCUUCGACUCUCUUAUUGAGUCUUGGUCUGAUUCUCGUCUCAAGGCAUACCUUGACGCCCGCGGUGUUCCCGUGCCUCAGAACGGCAAGCGCGAUGAGCUUCUGGCACAGGUCCGUCUGAACGCCCACAAGGCUGCUACUGGCUGGAGUGCCUGGACUUUCGACACCUGGGACACUAAGCACCUGAAGAAGUAUCUCGCUUCCAUGAACUCGAAAGCUGCCCACCAGGCCGACAUUACCCGUGAGGAGCUCGUCAAGCAAGCUCAGGACACUUAUGCCCAGGCCUCUAAGGCUGGCGGUGACCAGCUGGCUUCCGCUACCUCUUACAUGGCUCAGGCUACCGACGUCGCCAAGGACUCUGCCUUCGACUCUUGGUCUCACUCCGAUCUCAAGGCAUACCUUGACUCGUAUGGUAUUCCCGUCUACCAGGGCUCCAGCAUCAACGAGCUCAAGGCCGCGGCCCGCCGCAACGCUGAGUACUUCAGACACGGAACCUCCACUCCUCAGGGUACCAUCCUCGCCAAGCUCCAGGAUAAGCUUUCGGACCUUUCCCAGUGGGUUUGGGAGCAGGUCAAGGUUGGAGCCGCAAGCGGCAGGGCCCACGGUCAGGAGGCCGCUGAGAAGGCUUCUGAGGUCGCGAAGGAACAAGCUAAGACGCAGGGCUUCAAGGCCGCGGACAAGGUGAAGACCAAGGGAGCCGAGGCUUCCGCGAGCCUGCGCAAGGAGUUGUAA